GUUAACGCGCGCUACUUUUGCGCGUCGUGCGUGGUGAAUUUCAUACGCGCAUCGUCAUAAUAAUAUCGACGCGCACGUGAUUAUGACGCUUGUAAUACAGUAAACAGAAUCGCGUUGUGCGCGGCGCGACAUCGCGAGUGCUGUCUCUGCCGCUGCGUUUGGGGCCAAUAAAGAAAUACAAAUAAAUAUAUUACGUAAGCAUAAUAAAAAAUUUGGAGAGUCGGAAAGUACACGCCAGCCGCACGCGAUUUCGUCGAUCUCGUGCCCGACGAUGUAUUGUACCUACGAAGAUUUGCGCCACGACGAGGCCUGCGUCGGAGUGACCAACGCGGCCAAUAAAUCUCGUCUCUGGCUCUACAGCUUAUCUGCCGAUUGCGACGCGUGCCCUUACACGCGAGUGACCCCGAUAAGUACCGGAGGAGGAGCGAAUCUGACCGUGGACACGUCGAGAUGGCAGACUUGGAGAAUCGUCGACGUCGGCGACGACGAAGCCAACGAGCAUCUGCCGGCUGCGCAUCAAAAGGUCGUUUACUGUGAGCUGACGCCCGACUUAGGUCAAUACGGCAUUUACGAGCUGAAAAUUAAUAACGCCAACGAGUGCGACCUCCUCGAGCUACGACAGCCGGUUAAUCCUUACACGACCCUAGCCGUUACUGCCGCAGCAGUCGUCGUCCUUUUAUCCUUACUGUCGAUAUUAAAAAACAUCUCGGCUUGUAUAAGAAAACAUCGUGCCAAGAGGAAUGGCGGUAACGACGAGGACGAGGAGUCGAGGGUCGUGCUGCAACCCAAGCGCAGAAUUAGAUCGAUCGACACGAUUCGCGGCAUGAGCAUACUCACGAUGAUCUUCGUGAACAACGGCGCGGGCGGCUACGUGUGGCUGGAGCACGCGACCUGGAACGGCCUCGCAGCCGGAGAUUUAGUGUUUCCAUGCUUCAUGUGGAUCAUGGGUGUGUGCAUACCCUUAUCCAUCUCGUCCCAGCUAUCUCCCGGGAGGGCCAACGACGGCAGCGGCAGCAACAACAAACGCCGCUACUCGGUUUGCUUGGCGAUCGUCAAGAGAAGCUUGUAUUUGUUUUUCAUCGGCCUCUCGCUGAACACGCUCGGUGGUCAGACGCAAUUGGAGAACAUCAGAAUUUUCGGGGUGCUGCAGCGCUUCGCAGUCGCCUAUCUGUUCGUCGGCAUAAUCUACGCCCUGAUGUACCGCAAGGAUUCCAAGAAUCUUUCAGGUCGAUUGUUCGGAGACGUGCUGAUACUUCUGCCUCAAUGGUUCGUCGCUUUGGCUGUGCUCGCGGCUCACUGCGCCAUCACUUUUCUCCUCCAAGUACCGGGCUGCCCCAAAGGAUAUCUCGGUCCGGGUGGCUACCACGAGGAGGGCAAAUACUUCGAGUGCGCCGGAGGCGCCACCGGUUACAUCGACAAGCUUCUGCUCGGCCGGAGCCACGUCUAUCAACAUCCGACGAUCGAUCGGGUCUACGAGUCCGGCCCCUUCGAUCCGGAGGGUAUCCUCGGCUGCCUCACCUCGAUAUUCCAAGUCUUUCUCGGCGUGCAAUCCGGCCAAAUUUUACGCGAGCAUAAAAGUUCGAAAGCUCGGGUGUCGAGGUGGUUAUCGUGGGCCUGCAUACUCGGGGUUGUAGGCGCCGCUCUGCACUACACCGAUGUCGUUCCUGUUAAUAAAAAUUUAUGGUCUAUAUCCUUCGCACUCGUCACGACGUCAUUUUCUCUGGUCUUACUGUCGAUAAGCUACUUACUCGUCGACGCGGCGGCUUUAUGGAACGGCGGCCCGUUUCGUAUUCCAGGUAUGAACGCCUUGGUGAUGUACUGCGGUCAUCAAGUUUUCUACGCCAUGUUCCCGUUUCAUUGGCAAUACGGCAGGAUGGAAAGUCAUCACGGCUGGCUGCUCGCCGAGUCCCUGUGGUGCUGCUCCCUCUGGAUCUGUAUCGCUUACCUCAUGCACCGUCGUAAAAUCUACGUCACUCUGUAAAGGAAGA